UGUCAUGCACAUUCACUUGCCCAGAGCAAACCACAUUUCCCACAAACAGCUGGAAAGAUUUGCAAUUGAAGAAGUAAAACACUUUAAAAAAUGGUUAAAGUUUGUCUUUUUGUCGCUGACGGUUCUGACGAGAUUGAAUUCUCUGCUCCCUACGGCAUUUUUACGCGUGCAAACACGCCCAUCGACACCGUGUAUGUUGGUGAUAACAAGGAUCGCCUUGUGAACAUGUCUCGUGGCAUUCAACUGUACGCCAAACGCAGUUUGUCCGAGUUUCAAUCUACGGAGGAGUUUGUGAAGGAGUACGAUGUUGCCAUCAUUCCCGGUGGAUGGCAGGGCUCUUUGACCCUUUCCGGAAACAAGAAGGUGCAGGAGAUUGUCAAGGAGAUGUACAACAAACCCGGCAAGUGGGUUGCCAUGAUUUGUGCUGGCUCCUUGACCGCCAAGACGAGUGGUUUGGGCGUGAAGACCUUGACAAGCCAUCCUUGCAUUACCAAGGAUCUUCAAGAAGCUGGUUAUGAGUGGAAGAACGAGUCUGUCGUCGUGACGGACAACCUUAUUACUUCUCAAGGACCUGGUACUGCUAUGCUCUUCGCUUUGAAGAUUGCCGAGCAAGUGUUGGACAAGGACACUUACCAAAAGGUUUAUGAUUCUUUGGAGAUGCCUUAAGCAUGUCGCUCUUAGAUCCAUCUAGCGUCGUCCUCUUUGUGUCUGGGUGUUUCUCGGCUGCCAGGAGGCGGAGCUGUCUGUUGAUGAGCGUUUAUUGUCUCCUAAAACACGUGCAGUCGAUGAUGCCAAGGAAGAAGCCGAUUGCUUUUGAUGAUUUUUUUUCUGAACACGAUUCCCGUGAUUACGGAUUCUUGAGUAUUUUGAGUUUCUGAUUUUCGACGUUAAUGACUUCUCUGUGACCUGACUCGGACCGACUUCUGUUUUUGCCCGACUCAGUUUGCAGAUACGAUUGCCAAUAUAUUUGCCAUUCAUCUCUCUCCAUGCACGCAGAAACUGUUCUGGAUCUCGGAAUGAAACAAAGCCAUAGCCUUUGGACUUGCCGGUGUGAUCACG